GGCUCUUUGAUCACAUAAAUUAAUGAAGGUUUUACAGUUAUAGCAAGUGUUUCUGCUCAGUUUGUUGUGAGAACGUUGUGAGAUAUGUCUUGUGUUGAGUUCACCAUAAACGGGAAACUAUGUUCAGUCAGCGGUUCCGUACCGAUCGAGACAACACUCUUCGCCUUCCUGAGGUACACCCUAGGACUGCCAGGCACGAAGGCUAUGUGUUAUCAAGGAGUCUGCGGUGUCUGCAUCGUUAACGUCACUGCCAAACGACCCACCACCGGUACCAUAGAAACCUUCUCCGUCAAUUCAUGUCUGGUGCUGGUGUUGUCGUGUCACGGCUGGGACAUAACGACCAUUGAAGCUGUAGGAAACCGUCUUGAUGGGUACAGCGAGGAGCAGACACGGAUCGCGGCAUUCAAUGGAACUCAGUGCGGGUUCUGUACACCCGGCUGGGUGAUGCAGUUGCAUAGCUUGAAAGACAAGAACCUGUCAAUGUUGGAACUUGAAAACUCAUUCGGUAGCAACACAUGCAGGUGUACAGGAUUCAGGCCGAUUUUGGACACAGUGAAGUCUUUCGCUUCUAACCCUACCCCCGAACUAUGCAAAGCCGUAAAAGACAUCGAAGACUUAUCAGUUUGCAUGAAAGAUAAGGCUAAAAUUUGUCGACAAAAAUGUUCUUCUGUCUCCAGCGACAGUGACUGGAGUAUUGUUUCGGAUGUAAAGAACGCUAAUGAAAUUAUAGUUAUUCGUUACGACGAUAAAAUCUUCUACAAAGUAUUUGAAAUAGAUCAGAUCUUUGACCUUUUCAGAAAUUAUUCCAGUGAACAUUAUAUGAUUAUCGACGGUAACACUGGCAAAGCUGCUAUAAAGAACUUUGAGUAUCCACCAAUUUUGAUAGACAUCAGCAAUGUGGUGGCUUUAAAACAGCAUAGUAUCGAUCAGAACUUGAUACUCGGAGCAAACAUUUCACUCGAAGACUGUCUGAUUCUGUUUAGAAACGUUGCAGCGGACAGAGAAGAGUUCCGCUAUUUAGACGUAUUCGCGAAGCAUUUAGAUUUAGUGGCGCAUAUUCCCGUUAGAGAGAUUGGUUCAGUAGCUGGCAAUGUAAUGCUGAAACACAUGAUGAGAUCUUAUCAAUCAGACGUGUUCCUCCUUUUUGAAUCCGUCGGUACAAUUGUCAAUAUCCGCUCUGAUUCGGGUACACAAUCAAGCUUGACUAUGCAAGAAUUCUUAGAAUUUGACAUGAAUGGAAAAUUAAUUGUAAACUUUGAAUUGCCACCCCUGGGAGCUAAUCAUAUUAUAAGAAGCUACAAGAUUAUGCCAAGAAAUCAAAAUGCACUGGCCAUAGUGAAUGCUGUAUUUAAUAUAAAAUUGAAUUCUGGAACGAAUAAAAUUGAAAAAGCUACCAUCGUUUACGGAAACAUCUCGGGACAUUUUAUUCACGCCAUACAAACUGAGAAGUAUUUACAAAGGAAAAAUAUAUAUUGCAAUGAAACAUUACAAAAUGCUAUUAAUAUUUUAAAUAGAGAAGUCGCACCUGAUGAUGAUCCUUCCAAACCUUCGCCUAAAGUUCGAAGAAAAUUAGCUGUUGGACUAUUUUAUAAAUUUAUUCUCAGCAUAACCCCAGCUAAUUUGACGAAUUCUAAAUACCAUUCGGGAGGACAAAACUUAACGCGACCUGUAUCUAGGGGAGAGCAGCAUUUUCAAACAGACAGUUCUCUUUUCCCUCUUAACCAACCAGUAGAUAAGUUGGAAGCGAUUAUUCAAGCAUCUGGUGAAGCGCAAUUCGUUAAUGAUAUACCUACCAUGCCCAAUGAAGUGUUCGCUGCCUUCGUGCUUUCUACAGUACACAAUGGAGAUGUUGACGUUAUUGAUGCAAGCGAUGCUUUGGAGAAAAACGGCGUCAUAGCUUUAUUCACAGCAAAGGAUAUACCAGGCAAAAACUCGUUCAUCUAUCCUGGAUAUCAGUUACAAACUGAAGAUGAGGAAAUUUUAGCGGAUAAAAACAUUAAAUUUUAUGGCCAGCCUAUUGCAAUAAUUGUAGCCGAUACACAAGAUUUGGCUGUCAGAGCUGCAAAGUGGGUCAAAGUAACCUAUAAGAAUGUAAAAAGUAUACCCCCUGUUUUAACAAUUGAUCAGGCAACGAAAGAUAGUACUAGAGUUGUCACCGGUGAUGUUCUCACCUCUAAAGGAAAAGGGGAAGAUGUGACAAAAGUUAUUAAAGGCACGUAUGAAAUAGGAGGACAAUAUCAUUACUAUAUGGAAACUCUUAGUUGUUUGGUAGUACCCGUUGAUAAAGGAUUGGAAGUACACGAUUCGAGUCAGUGGAUAGAUCUAACACAGUCUGCUAUAUCUCGGUCGUUGUGUAUACCCGAGAGCAAGGUGCUCGUGAUGGUUCGUCGUCUUGGCGGGGGCUUCGGCGGGAAGAUAUCACGCAACGUACAAGUCGCCUGCGCCUCCGCUCUUGUCGCCCACAAACUAGAUCUACCAUGCAGAUUUAUAUUACCAUUCGAAACCAACAUUAGCAUAGCAGGAGGGAGACUGCCGACUCAGUGUAUAUAUGAGGUGGGAGUAAAUGACGAGGGUAAGAUCCAGUAUUUGAAAGCCGUAAUUAAUGAAGACUGUGGUUGCUCACAAAAUGAGAAUAUAUUAAGUUACUCUUUGGGUGGUUUUGGCAUAUGUUACAACAGGGAUUUUUACGACGUAAAAACAUUCAACGUUAGAACUGAUACUCCAUCAAAUACUUUUGCGAGAGCUCCUGGGACCAUGGAAGGUAUUUCUUCAAUGGAAAACAUAAUGGAGCAUAUUGCUUAUGAGCUCCACAAAGAUCCAACGGAUGUUCGAUUGGUUAACAUGACAGACACGGACCUUCCUAUUCUCAUAGAAAAAUUAAAAACCAUGGCCGACUACAAAAACAGAGAAGAAAAUAUCAAUUUAUUCAACAAAAACAAUCGAUGGAUAAAGAGGGGAAUUACCUUAAAUAUAAUGCUCUUUCCAGUUGAAUAUUAUGGAAAUUAUUCAGCACUGGUUUCAAUAUACAGAGGAGAUGGAACAGUGACUAUCACUUCCGGUGGUAUAGAGAUGGGGCAAGGCCUUAACACCAAGGCAGCACAAGUUUGCGCAUAUACACUAGGAAUACCACUAGAAAAAGUUUCAGUGAUCUCUAAUUACUCUUUUGUAUGUAACAAUGAGGUCUUUACGGGUUCCAGUAUUGCUAGUGAAAGCGUUUGUUAUGCAAUAAUUAAGGCUUGUGAAACAAUUAAGGGAAGAUUAAAACCGCUGAAUGAUGAACUAAAAAAUGCUUCUUGGUUAGAACUUAUACAAGAGGCCGCAAAGAGGGAAAUAGAUCUGUCAGCUAAAUAUAUGAUGACUGAUAUGGAACCUGAUUUAAAAGGUUACAGCGCAUAUGCUGUUGUGGCCUUGGAAGUUGAAAUGGAUGUCCUAACGGGAAGCUUCCAAAUACUCAGACAAGAUAUUUUAGAAGACGUUGGGUUAAGUGCUAAUCCUAAGAUUGAUGUUGGACAGGUGGAAGGGGCUUUUAUCCAGGGUUGCAGUUACUUUACGAAAGAAAAGUUUAUAUACGACAAAACGAGCGGAAAAUUACUUAACAAUGACGCCCUACACUACGAAGUCUUUCUUGCAAAAGACAUUGCAAUAGACACAAGAACUUAUUUCAGAUAUAACUCCAAGAACCCUAAGGGCGUACUAGGAUCGAAAUCUGUCGGAGAAAUGGGUAUAUGUACUGCUCAUAGCAUCAUAUAUGCUUUAAGGAAAUGUAUUGUGGACUCUAGGAAGGACUCGGGCUAUGAUAUUUCAAAAUGGAUUAACGUUGAUAUUCCCCUUACAACAGAAUCAAUACUCACUGCCCUCGAUGUAAAUCCUUCUGAAUUUAUUCUUAGCUAAAUAUUUAAUGACUCAUUGCCAUCUUAUUAUUAUGAGUAUACCCUUUUUUGCAUAGAAUUGUUUGUUUUAACCUGAGUUCUGUGACUUUUGUUUAUCUUUAUUUUAUUUUUUUUUAUUUAUUUUAUUGUAUGUGAUGUUUAUGUUCUCGUUGCAUAAUAUAUAGAAAAUAAUUUCGUCAAA